CUAUACAGUGACCCUUUAGGUCCUAUUUAUACAACUUAGAUAAUGAAAAAGCAGAAAUACAUUCUAGAGUUUGGGGACCACAAGUUUCACAAAUCUGGGACCACAAGAAUCAGUUUCACAAUUCUGAUAUUCUACCACACCCAUUAUGGAAGAUUCUUGGUGCUAUGGAGUGUGCUCAAACAUGAUGCUCUGGCCCUUACGGCGUUGUUCGGCUACAGCAGGUGCCAACUCCUCAAAACAUAUCAACGCGUAAAUAUCAUUGGGGUUCAUUAAAGAUGGUGCUGAAGCCAUGCCGAAACACAUAUCGAAGGAAAGGACGUCGGUCAUUGUGUGAGUAGACUCGAUUUCAUCCAGUUUUAAGCAAUCUGUCUCUCAUGUUUAACCGUAUGAAAGUCCAUUUGGUCUCCUUUAGCUCUACUGUUGUGGGUACUUCUGGAGAGAGAUGGAGAUAGUUGACUUUUUUUUCCUCCCUCUAUGACUUGCUCCUAUUUUCUUUCUCCCGCUUACUGCAAUGUAAAAUAAAACACAGCGUUUCAUUUAAUGAGGUGGUGAUUUCCCACCGGUUGCACAUGCCGGUUGCAAGAAGCAUUUUUCUUAAUUUAUAUCUGAUAAUAUUAUUUGGCAACUUCUCUUAGGUAUAUGCACUAGUUUAUCUCACAGAAAAUUUAGUCAGGCUUGUCCGACAUAACUGCAAGCUGUCGACCAUACUCCUUUUGCUUCUGUUUAUUCUGAUGGUUACCUCGCUUUCUGUCUUCAUAUUCUCAAUAGUCAGAGCUGCAAAAAGAGAAAUGCUCUUAUGUGCUGCUCUCGUUAAACAACUGGAUGCAACUCAACAAGCAGAACGAAAGAGUAUGAACAAAAGCCAUGCCUUUGCUACAGCGAGUCAUGAUAUAAGGGCUUCUUUGGCAGCUAUCAUUGGUUCAAUAGAAAUUUGUAAUCAAGAUUUCAAUCCUAACUCAGUUGUAGCAGCAAACUUAGGACAGAUGAGUACUCGUGCACAAGAGCUCCUAGCCGAUCAACGGAGGAAAGUUUUGAUGAACUAUAUUGAAAGCCUAAACAUAAGAGUGUCAUGUGUAAAGCAAGGGAAGAAUCUACACCCACAUUUGGAGAAAAUAAAGCAGAAGUUGGAGAUUUCCUAUUUCAGUUUUUUCGAGAAAACCCAGAUGGACCACCCGAGAAUAUCUACAUCAUUCAAUUCUGAUUCGGGGCUGAGUGAUAGGCCUCUCUGCAUCAAGGAUGGAAAUUAUAAAGCUCCCCUGCCCACCAGGCAUCAUACUAUUAGUGAUUGAUUCCAGUGCUGGUCCUUUCUCAGAACUAUGUUCAGCUGUGGUUAACUUCAGGAAAGACGUUCAUAAUUCACGAUGUAAGGUUGUCUGGUUAGACCAUCCGGUAGUGAGUGGUGAUGCUCAUUCAGGAGAGCCUCCAUGCGAUCUCAUAGUAUAUAAGCCUUUUCAUGGGUCACGCUUAUUCCAAGUGCUAGGACUAAUACCAGAACUGAAAAAAGGAAACUUACCAAAGUUGAUAGACCACAAUUCUUUGAACAAAUUCAACGGCGAAGGUAAAGGUAUGGAGUUGGGGAUGCCUUUAUCUCAACAAAGCUCGCUCGAGCAGAAAAAAAUGCACAAACAUGCAGAUGAGAGAAGCAGUGAUAAUAAGCCUUUGAAUGGGAAGAAAGUUCUGGUUGUUGAUGAUGAUAGUGUACUACGCAAGGUGAGUACAAUUAUUCUUUGUAAACUUGGAGCAAACGUCGAGGCCUGUGAGAAUGGAAAAGAGGGACUUGAUCAAAUCUGCAAGGGCUUGAGUGAUGGGAGAGAAGGACACGCCAAUCUUCUCCCUUAUGACUAUAUUCUCAUGGAUUGCCAGGUAUCUUUACAAUGCCCAUCUCCUUUUCAUUUUUCACUUGGAAAUAGAAAUCGACUUCUUUAAUCACUUGUGGUUAGGGACAGAGAAAGCUGUUAGAUGCAGGAAUGGAUUUCCACGUACCUAAUAAGCCAUUACAAGUGGAAAAGUUGUUGAAAGCAAUCCAAUCUAUGGACAAAAUAGGAUAAACAUGGGAACAAUUCUCAUCUUUUUUUUUUUUUUCGGAUUAGAUCUUUAGCCACUAGCAGUCCUUAUUUUGUUCAACGGGUACAUAUAAAAGUUUUAGGGUCAUCUUUAAAUUCAAGUCCAAAAGUUCCUUUUCAAGGAUGAGUAACUGUGAUGAUACAACAAAUUAAACUCAAAAAAUUGAAAAAUCCAGGACAUUUUUUGCCUUCGAAUGCAGCCUCAAAUGUCCAAACUACAUCGAAAUUGUGAUGAUACAAAAUAGACAAUAUCCUCUUCGGUGGAAUGGCUCAAAUAGUUAGAAAAAAACCUUAAAAGCAAUUAAGCCACUCAGUUUCUUGCCUUAUACUUUCGACCGUUCCUAAUAAAAACCCCUACUACAAAAAUUAAAAUUAAAAUUAAAAUUUUUUU